CUGAACAAACGAACAAAAACGGAAAGGGCCUGUUGGAGGGCCUUGUCCCGCCCUUCCGAGAUUGGAGGGCAACGCUGAGCGAAACAGCCGUAACGGGAAACAAGGAGAGGUUGCUCUAGGACGCGCGAGUGGCUCUAUGGCUGAGUGAGGCAAGGGGCUUCCGUAGAGACCGUGUCCGGACUUACUACACGUCUAUGGUAGGGAGCGAGGGGUAGAGUGGCUGCCCGAGAAGAGCCGGGAUGGCUGCAGCGAGCGCCCGACGUCUUUGGCUCCUUCCCGGUUCCGUCCUCCGCUUGCCAAGGUGCAGCUAUCGUGGAGAUUCUCCAGCCGACUCCGGGCGGGACCUGCUGGAGAUUCCUCUGCCGCCCUGGCAGGCUCGCCCUCACGAGCCACUGCAAACUAAACGCGCGAGGUUGUUGUACGAGAGCCGCAAGAGAGGUAUGCUGGAGAAUUGCCUCUUGCUCAGCUUCUUUGCCAAGGAGAAUCUGAAUCAAAUGAAUGAACAACAGCUGGAUCUUUAUGAUCGCCUCAUUAAUGAGCCCAGCAAUGACUGGGAUAUCUAUUACUGGGCAACAGAAGCAAAGCCUGCUCCAGAAAUCUUUGAGAAUGAAGUCAUGGAGAUGCUUAGACAAUUUACCAAAAACAAGAAGAGAGAGAAGAGACUGCAACAACCAGAUCUGGACAACUUUAUUGAAGCCCCACACUGAUCUUGUAUAACUUUCUCUAUGUCACACAACUUUGGAAUCCUCUGAAACUAAGAAAGUAUAUAUUGUAGUAUUUGGAUCUUUCUCAAUGUCAAACACAGUAUUUCCCGGUCCUGGCUCGAGUAGCUACAGUUCUGCAUGUUUUGUUUCUAUGUAAUAAAAUUUUAGGCCUUUUUCCUGAAGAUGAGGAAAAAGGAGUCAUAAGGACACUUUGGUUUUGACUCAUUUUGCACUUCAGCAGUACAGUCCAUUUAUAUCUAUCUUAUCUGCAGACUGAUUUGAAUGAAAUUAUCAUGGUAGUUCUCAUUCACUGAGAAAUAUUCCUGUUAUUUAAUUAGCUUUAUAUCUUGCCCAGUUCCAGUGUUCCUGCACAUAUUUCACUUUUGUUCAGUGCAAAGGACAAUCUUUCUCAGAGGUGUACAGAUGAAUAUCAUGGAUUUGCAAAAGUCAAUAUUAGUGUUUUUACUCUGUAUGUAUUCCAAUUUAGGAAAACCAUGAUUGGCUAUCACCUUCUAAUAUAUUGGGACAUAUUAGCUACAAUCAUUUUCUCAAGGGCAGCCUUGUGGUUACCAGUUCUUUAGCCAUGUCAAUCCCUGAUAAAUAUUAUUUUGUUUCA